AAUUGUCUUGCUCUGCUGGGUUGAUCACGCCGGAGGUAAAGCUCUCAGUUUUUCUGUGACAGUAACCAAGUGGAAACCUCCCACGUUAGCACGCACAGAGAUCUACGCACGCACGAGUUCAAAGGACACAAGCCCUGCCCUUGAGUCUGCCUGUGAGAGCGCAGCGCCGUUCUUUAUCAGGUGAGGGUUCUGCUGGGAGUUGGCCACUGCAGCCUCCGUCCACCUGGGAAACACUUUCUUCUGCUGGAGCUCUUCCACCCACCACAGACAAGAUGCCGAAAACAGUCAAUGUUCGCGUCACCACGAUGGACGCAGAGCUGGAGUUCUCCUUCCACCGCAACACCACAGGGAAGCAGCUCUUUGACCAGGUUUCCAGAACCAUCGGUCUACGUGAGAUUUGGUACUUUGGGCUGCAGUUCACCGACAUCAGAGGACUCACCGCAUGGCUGAACUUUGAGAAGAAGGUGAUGGCCCAGGAAGUGAAGAAGGAGACGCCCCUGCAGUUCAAACUGAAGGCCAAGUUCUACCCAGAGGACGUGACUGAGGAGCUGAUCCAGGACGUCACCAGGAGGCUCUUCUUCCUGCAGGUGAAGGAGGACAUUCUGUCAGAGGCCAUCUACUGCCCCCCGGAGUCCGCCGUGCUGCUCGCCUCCUACGCCGUCCAGGCCAAGUUUGGAGAGUACAACAAGGCGGGGCACCAACAGGAUUACCUGUCCGGAGAGCACCUGCUGUCCAAGAAAGUGCUGAAGCAACACAAGCUGUCCAAGGAGCAGUGGGAGAGGAGGAUCCAGAACUGGCACGAGGAGCACGGCUCAAUGCUGAAGGAAGAGGCCAUGCUGGAGUACCUGAAGAUCACUCAGGACCUGGAGAUGUACGGCGUCAACUACUUUGACAUCAAGAACAAGAAAAACACUGAGCUGUGGUUGGGAGUCGACGCUCUGGGACUCAACAUCUACGAGAAGGAUGACAGGCUGACUCCAAAGAUCGGAUUCCCCUGGAGUGAAAUUCGAAACAUUUCUUUCAAUGAUAAGAAAUUUGUCAUCAAGCCCAUAGACAAGAAAGCCCCCGAUUUUAUAUUCUACGCUCCACGGCUGCAAGUCAACAAACGCAUCCUUCAGCUGUGCAUGGGCAACCACGAGCUGUACAUGCGCCGCCGCAAGCCUGACAGCAUCGAGGUGCAGCAGAUGAAGGCUCAGGCCAAAGAGGAGAGGCUGCAGAAGAAGAUAGAGAAGGAUCAGCUGGAGAGUGAGAAGAGAAGGAGGGAGGCCAUCGAGAGAGAGAAGGAGCUGAUGGAGAAAGAGAAGCGGGAUCUGAUGAGGAAGCUCUACGAGUUUGAGGAGACGACCAAGAGAGCAGAGAGAGAGCUUCAGGAGCAGCUGGACCGGGCCGUGAGGCUGGAGGAGGAGAGGAGGAAGGUGGAGCAGGAGGCGGCACGGCUGGAGGCCGAGAGGAUGGAGGCCAUAAUAGCCAAGGAGGAGCUGGCCAGGCAAGCCGAGGACCAGAUAAAGAGCCAGGAGCAGCUGGCUGCAGAACUGGCCGAGUACAGCGCCAAGAUUUCUCUGCUGGAGGAGGCCAAGAGAGUCAAGGAGGAAGAGGCGGACUCAUGGCACAACAAGGUCAUGGAAGUGGAGGAGAAUCUGCUGAAGACGAGAGAAGAGCUGACCCUGGUGAUGACCACCGCCAACUCAGCUCCUGCACCCGCUCCUGCACCCACUCCUCCUGCUUCCUCCUCCUCCUCCUCCUCCUCCUCGGACAGCGAGAGUGACCACGAAAACAGCGAGGACAACAGCAUCUACAGCGCCGAGCUGCCGACGCAGUGCAUGAACGACCACCGUGAGGAGGAGGAGAGGCUCACGGAGGCCGAGAAGAACGAACGCCUGCGGAAAAAACUCUCGGCCCUGAGCUCCGAGCUGGAGAAAGCCCGGGAUGAGAACAAAGAUACCCAGAACGACCUGCUCCACGCCGAGAACGUCCGAGUCGGCCGGGACAAGUACAAGACCCUGCGUCAGAUCCGCCAGGGCAACACCAAGCAGAGGAUUGACGAGUUCGAGGCCUUGUAGAAAACCUCAGAGACCCGAUGAUCUCUCCCAAAUACCUCAAACACCUCCCAUUCCACCAUCUUUUAAUUUAAAGUGUGAUGUAAUUCCAGACACAUCUGCUCUUAAACACCCAGAGAAAGCAUGAAGAUGAUAUUUGUGAUAAACCUUCAUGAGCUUUAUCAGUUUAACUUUUUCUUGGAAGAACUUUUUUUUCCCUUGUCGCCCUCAAACAUCUCCAGUGUGCACUUUAGUCCAUGUUGCUUUGACGACUGUGUGUACACCUUUAAAACAAACAAACCAUAAAGCUAGCUUUAUUGAAUCUGGCUCUGCAGUUUUGUUAUUAAUUAAAUUUUAAAUAAUGUUGUGAAGCUAACGAUCAAUUCAUUAUUAAAUGAUAUGCUGUUUUUUUUUUUGUUUGUUAAUUGUUUCAUCUUUAAAACGUCAGAAAACUCCGGGGUCAUGUUCCAAAACUGAAUUUAAUUUUUUUUUUUUUACAUCAUGAAACAGAGACAAACACCAAACCAUCACAUUUCAGGAGCUGACAGAGAAAGUUGAGCAUUUUAAUCAAUUACUUAUUAAGCAAUUAGCAAAAACAUUGAUGAUUCCUUUUCUGUUAAUCGAACAGUUUCAGCUCUAACUUUUUUCACAUUUAUCCAAACAUUAUUUAACUAGUGUGAAUAUGCUGAAUCCUGAAUUUAAUUGGCUUCGUGAUUUAUUAAGUUUAAGAUGCUUCUGAUUGAAUUUCCCCAUUUAAAUAUUUAAUAUGAUUUGGAAACCAGUUUUAUUUAAUUCACCUUCUUCUUUCAGUGUUGUCAUCUGAAGUUUCCAUCCUGUUAAAAAAAAUUUCAGGGAAAAUUAGGAUCAUAGCAGUUACUGUUAAAAAGCCUUUUGGUAUUUAAAACUAAGAAAAGCCCAAACUGAAGCUGUACUCUGACAGAUCCUGAUUUGUAGUCUUUGAGUAAAGUUCAUGUUGACCAAAAUAGUUCGACCUCCUGCUCCUGUCUCUUAAAAGUGAUUUACACGCAGACUUAGAGGUUUAGAAAUGUUUACUGACACCUCCACCUACAACUGUACUGUAAAAACAACAUGGUGUUGUUCAAACAGACCGGUGUGAACCUUCACUCAGUGAUCACUCAUAUUAGACCUCAUCUGAGAUAAGUAUCGUCCUCUUCCAUCUUAAAAAAUAAACAUUUACAAAA